AUGCAGGUUCGCCAGUCCCCCAAAGCCAAAGCCACGGCCACUCAAAACAACGCCAAUUGGCCGCCGAAAUCUCCUCUCGAAGCGCUGCUCAGUUCGCCGAAUGGAAAAAGACGCUGGCAAGAACACCAAGAUCGCAUCAGUCAAGAUCGCGACCGUGACGUCUCUCCUUCGCCUCGCAAACAACCACCCUCCUCCAACAAAGCACUCCAAGACAUGAUGGCCAUGUCUGAUGGCGAUGAAGACGAUGAGGAAAUCCUGCAACUACAACUCCAAGCCAUUCAGGCCAAGCUCAGAUUGAAGAAACUGCAGAAACAAAAGUCGUCGCAAUCUGCCCACGAUGACGACUCGAGACCCAGUUCGGAAAACAGCAACUCGCCACGGAAGAGACAGAAGACGCAUGCAUCAACCUUUGAUACUGCAGUCCAAGUGACGGUAUCGCCAAUCAAAAGUCACAUGCCACCACCUCCUCUCCCUGGUCCAACAUCCCCAGCACGCGUGCUUCUCGGCAUCGACAAAGGCCUCAGAGCGAAGGAUGUCUCGUUGAAAAGAGCUAGGAAUGGGACAACUGUACCCAGCAAGACGACAACACGAACGACGCUACCUACAGUACCCGAAAGACCAAAGCAAAGUUUCAGCGACCGAAUUGCUGCCAGUCGCCUUUCUGCAGAGCAACAACAAGCAAAACAUGAAAGGAUCGAAAACUCCAGGUCACAAGGCUUUGGACUCGCCGCGCAAGCCACUCCUCGCGCAAGCCGAGAGGCAGCACAAUCCAGACCGCAACUGUCACGUACACAAAGCGAUAGACCAACCAGACAACUACCUUCGGAGAGCAGUGUCAGUAGCUUCAGUCGUUCAAUACCUACACCGUCAGCUUCACAAAGUACUUCCGUAUCCCAGCGUGCUCCUCAGCCCUCUUCGUCAACAUCUGAAGUCAGAGGUCGAUCGUUCCGCCCGGCCGAGGGCUUCUCUUACGAUGAGACGAACACAUCUACCGAACCUUCGACCGAUGGAUCCUGCUUCGAAAGCUUCUCAUCAUUACAUCUAUCCAAGCGAAAAAUCCCACACACAACACUAGCAAGAGCUUUGGACGGCAAAGAGGUCUACACACUGCCUCGCUUGCUGAAGGAAGUCAAAGCACCCGUAUACGAACCUCCGGAUUGCGAAACUGACUUUGUCGUCCUUGCCGUUAUCGCCUCCAAGUCGACACCAUACGACACCCGCCCAAAGCACAAGCAGACCUCCUCCGUGGAAGAUGACGACUCUGGCCCAACCAAGUUCAUGGUCAUGACGCUUACUGAUCUGAAGUGGGAGGUGGACCUGUUCCUUUUCGACACUGCUUUCGAAGCUUUCUGGAAGAUGACACCCGGUACUGUCGUUGCCAUGCUCAACCCGAGCAUCAUGCCCCCAAAGACGAAUCAACAUUCCGGUAAAUUCAGCUUGAAGCUCGCUAGCUCAGAAGAUUCUGUCAUGGAGAUUGGCUCCGCAAGGGACCUUGGAUUCUGUACAGCUUUGAAAAAGAACGGGCAAGAAUGUCACUCAUGGGUCAACGCGCGCAAAAACAAAUUCUGCGACUUUCACGUCGAGCUGGCUGUUAGCAAGACGCGAGCUUCACGAAUGGAAGUCAACACAAUGUAUCGUCCCAACAGCGAGCACCAGAAGAACUCUAGAGUGCUGCCUAAUGGUCACUUCGAACGCAGACAGGACUCUAGUAAGAAAGACUACGAAAGUAACGAGCGAUACUUUAUGGUUCCAGGCUCUCGCACAACCGCAUCACUACUCGACUCGGACGAUUUCGGUAAAGCAGAAGCCAUGCGCCGUCGCUUGAAAGACAAGGAAAAGGAUCGUCUACUUGCUGAGAAGCUUGGUCAGAUGGGCAAUGGCAUUGGCGCAGAGUACUUGCAGCGUUCAUCAGGCACACAUGAGCGCAACAAGAACACUGCGUCAAGCUCUGCCAACGAAGACGCACCACUGUACAAACCAACCGCCGCCGAACUUGGUCUGAUCAACAAGAAUCCCUCAAAUAUCCGUCUGAGCCCAGCCAAGAACCGCAGGGCGCUUUUCUCAGUCCUGCCUGGCGGCACCAAGACCACAGCUGCAGGUCCCGAAGCCAUGGGAUGGGGUGGCCAUGGAAGGCGAGGUCUGGGCGACCAAUCUCGCAAGCGUGAGAUUAGUCCUGAGAAGGGGCAAACAAAGAUUGAUACACAUGCAAGACCUAGCUCUAUUGCUUCUUCUUCUAUGGCCGGCGCUGGCGCUGGUGCUGGAGAAAAGAGCCCUAAGAAGGCAAGAUUCCAACUUGCGAAGGGCAUCAGAGAGCCUGGUAGAGAUAGCUUGGGUGAUGGCAGGGUGAUUUUGCCUGUUGACAGCGACAGCGAUGACUUGGAGAUCAUCUAG